GAAUGAAAAGACACAUAAAACCCCAUCUGACCUUCUCAAAAUGGCCUCAUUCGAGUUCCGCCGGCGACGCUGAGCUUUAUUGACAGCUAACGCUGCUUCGAUAGUGGUUUAAGGAAGUGGCUGCGUAGCAGCGGACACGUAAGUUUAAGGGUUGUAGUAUCGCAAUGUAAUCAAAUUAAGCGAAGUAGCAGAAUGAUAGUGAGCAGUAAUACUGAGCUAGGUGUAUAGCGAGGGCUAAUUUCUGCCGGAACGGGGGAUUCAGCGCGUUUGCCGACGCCCUGCCGGGCUGCGCAGCCUUAGCUGGUGCCCCUUCAACUUUUUAAAUGUAAGGGGUCUUCACUGGAUAAAUAUCUUCUUCGUCCAUUAUGUUUAUGUCUUAAAAUUGUAAGUCUGUGUGGAUACUUGUGGUGUCGUAAUUUCUAUUAGCUAGUUGUUAUUGAUAGAGAUUUUAACGGAAUCGUCGGGAAGGUGCCUUCCUUCGUAGCCUAAAGCGCCUUAACUUGCGUUACGUGUCCAACAGCUAAACUUCCAUGUUUUGCACCUGAAUGAUGCCAGCAAUUUUUGCUGAAUUACAUAACUACUGCAGCUAUGGACAAGUUUGGCAUGAGCUUCGGAGGUGGCCCCAGCAAGAAAGAGCUUCUGGAUACCAUAGAGGCACAGAAGAAGCAACUGAUCCAGUAUCAGACCCGUUUCAAAGAUGUGGUCAGGGCAUAUAAAAGCCUCCUGAAAGAGAAGGAGGCUUUGGAAGCCAGCCUCAAAGUUCUGACAGUGUCCCAGGAGGCCGACCUCAGCCUGCGUGGGGAGGCUUUAGCAGGGGAGCUUCCAGGCUUAGAGCCACGUUCUCCAGAAGAUCACUGCUCCCUCCACAGCGAGGACAGCGUUGACACUGCCAAUUCUGGGGACACGGCCACCAGUAUUACCAGCAGCAGUACAAAGGGUGACCUUGUGGAGGAAGAUGGGAGCACUGGAGAAAUGGGCACUGGGGCCACCGGCGGCUCCCAAAGGUCUGAGGAGGCCAGUGGCUCGGAGAGCGGCAUUAGUUCGGGCAGUGGGGAGCAGCACAGUGUGGGCGAGGUGGAUCGCCGGAUCCUGCAGCUGAAGACCCAGCUCUCCACGCUGACCAGCUCCCUGGCCACGGUCACACAGGAGAAGUCGCGAAUGGAGGCCUCCUUCCAAGCCGACAGGAAGAAAAUGAAGCAGGACUACGAGGAGCUGCAACGCAAGCUGGAGGAGGCCGCCGCCCAGAAUGAGGCAGAGCUGAGGACCCUGCAGGAGCAGCUGGCGGAGAGCAAGGCCCGUGUGAUCACCCAGCAGCACGAGCGUGGCCAGGAGCAGAGCGACCACGCCCUGAUGCUCCGCGAGCUGCAGAAGCUCCUGCAGGAGGAGCGGGAGAUGCGGCAGGACACCGAGCUGAAGCUGGAGGACACGAGGGAGGCCCUCUUAGAGAAGAUGGCAGAGGCAGACAGGGGGGCGGAGUACCAGGCACAGCUGCGGCAGCUCUCCCAGGAACGGGAGGAGAUGCGGAGAAACCUGCAGGCGGCUGAGGUGGAGAGGAGCAGGCCGAACCCGCGCGUUGAGGAACUGAAGCAGGAGAUGGCCGAGCUUCGUCUGCAUCUGGAGGGGCAGCUGCAGCAGGAGAUCCGGAAGGCUGUCCAGGCAGAGGAGCGUCUCCGGGAGCAGGCCCAGCUAGAGGAGGGCCGUGUGGCCAGCCUGGAGGACCGGGUGUCAGAGCUGUCGGCGCUGGUGGGCGCCUGCGAGAAGGCACGGCAGAAGGACCAGCAGGUGGCGCAAAAGUUACGCGAACGCAUCCUGCAGCUGGACACGGAGAACAAGACGCUGGCCAUUGCUGCUGCGGCCAGGGCCCCCGCCGACCUUGCGCUGGACGAGACCAACCUGGACGUCAACGUGCUGCGGGAGAAGAUGGAGAAGCUGAAGAAGCUGCUGGUUCUGGCCUCGCAGAAGCCCUCAGCGCUGGAGAUUGAGAAGACGGUCGAGGCGGAGCCCAGUGAGCCCUCCGACGGCGAGAAGGCCUCGGCACUCUACUACCAGCAGGAGCUGAAGCAGCUCAAGGAGGAAUUUGAGCGCUACAAGGCGCGCGCCCAGGUGGUGCUCAAAAACAAGAACGCCAAGGAAGGGGGUGUGGCCAAGGAGCUGGAGGCGGCCCGUGAGCAACUGGCCGACCUGAAGGAGAAGUACAUCGGGCUGCGACUGCACUGCGACGAGGCGGAGGCGCGGCACGGGCACGAGCUGGAGGUCCAGCGGCAGCAGGCCACCGCCCUGCAGCAGGGUCACCGGCAGGAGCUGGACCGACUGGAGGCCCAGCACCGCGAGCGCUUUCUCCGGCUGGAAGAGGAGCUCCACCGACACCGGGACCGGACUGCAACCCUGCUGGCCGAGAAGGAGCUGGAGGUAGAGCAGCUGCGGGCCGGGGCUCUCAGGCCGGGCCGGGCCAAGGCCAGGGCAGCAGAGGUGGAGGAGGGCGCAAAUCCUGACCAGGGAGACGUCAUCGCCCAGGCCCUGAAGCUGGUGGGUCCCAAUGAGCCGACGCUGCUGCUGUAUGCCGAGGAGCUCGCCCGGCGCGAACAGGAAGUCGGCACCCUGAGGAAACAGAAGCACCAGCUGGAAGCCGACGUGCACCAGCUGCAGGCGAGGCUCGUCUCGCAGGAGGAGCGUCACGAGGACGAGGUGUCCGUGCUCCAGGCCCAGCUGGAGAAGCUGGCCAGGGACCAGAGCCGCGAGGGCGCCAACCUGGAGUACCUGAAGAACAUCAUGUACCGCUUCCUGACGCUCCCCGACGCGCACGGUCGCCGGCAGACCCUCACCGCCAUCCUCACCAUCCUGCAUUUCAGCCCCCAGGAGAAGCAGGCGGUGGUGAAACUGCAGGAACAGAGCUGGUGGAGCCCAGCAAUGAGAUAAUGUGACUUGGGGUGGGGUCAAAGCCCAACAGUGUGUGGUAUUGCAGUGCACUGUCCUUCACCAGCUGGGUUACCCUAUCCCACACAGCGGUUCACUCUCUUCCCACUGGUUGCUGAUUGACAACACAACUUAUUUCCAUUAACUAAUGUACUGUAUAAUGCAGUGUUUCCCACCUCAGUCCUCAGGGACCCACAGACAAUCCAUGUGGGUGGUCUGGGUCCCAGAAGACAUGUUUGGGAAUUACUGGUAUGAUUAUUGGUACUUUUUCUGACUCUGCAAAAUAUUUUUAUAAUGACAUUUUACUUAUCUGUCCUGUAUUUAUCUAAAUUCCUGAGUGACAGGAGAAAUCGCAACGUAAAUUCCCAAACGAUUGCCAAAGGUUCAGCGUGCAUUUACUGGCCGACGUUUCUAUCAUCACCUUGACGCAGGAGUGAAGUUCCUUUCUGUGCCUGUGGGGGUCUCUAUGAGGUAUCGAAACUGCGUUGGCCACUGUGCUUCGCCAUUCAUGACACUGAAAUAAAAUUACACUGCCAGGGGGCUCGUAAUUCCUUAUCGCACUGUACUUGGACUGUGCCGUUUGCAGGCACUGAUCUCACGGGGGUGUGAUGCGCGAUGCCCGUUAAUGAAUAUGAGGCGCGUAGCAGCUCAAGCUGACGCUCACCCUCUGCGUUCACUGCGACCUGCGUGUGACCUCUUUUCCCCCGCAGCAAUAUUAUCAGUUUAAUUUUGCAAUCCUCUUGUUCCUGUUUAGUUUGGCAUUUGUUUAUAUUGUUUUAAAAGCUAGGUGGGGAAAAUCUAUAAAAGUAAAAGAUUGUACUUUGUGUAUUUAGGCAGCUUUGCCUAACACCCUGCCCACUGGUCACUUUACUGGAGCCGAGACUGGGAAUACGACAGGAAUUUCUCAAGGAUUAUACCAAUAAUCUUAUUUGCUUAAGGUCUGAUUCUAUUGAGCCGUUACGACGGCGGUUGGUUUGUGGUUGUGUUCAUUGAGUCCUUCAUAUCCUUAAGUUUUGCUGGUACCUCGCACCUGAUUUCAAAAGUCAAGCCAGCUGUACGGUGAAGGGAAAAUGUAUUAUUUGUUGAACUGUUGUUUUUAUGUCCUGUGUAAUUUGUGGAAUAUUGUAUUUAAAAGACGGUGGAUCUUGCAGCACCCCGAAUGCGGUACAAAGAAUAGGCCUACUGCCUGUAAACACUGAGACGGGACUGAUGCCGGAUUUUUGACUGUUUUAUAUGCAUGUCCCACCCCCACCCCCCGGGUCACGAGACUUUUCUGGCUCACCUGAGCAUUCCUGUAGACAAUCACGAGUGCCCGAAGCGUUAUAAUGAUCAGAAGGUGAUAUGGCACCCAGCAGACUCUGUGAUGGCGCGCCUGUUCUGGUGGAACAGAUGGGUGCGUUUCAUCAGGUGCUUGGUCAAAAAUGGAUUUAGACUAUCAGAGUUGCUGAUAGGAGUAUGAAAAACCCAACACAGGUGUGCGUUUAUGAGAGCUGAACUAUUUGAGGACUUAAAGGAAUGCAAAGAAGGUGGAAAAAGUACUUACCUUGUGUAUGCUUUGUUGUACUUUGAAGUAUAUGCAGUGUAUAUUUGCUUAUCUACCUGACACUGUUUGGAAACACUGUUUAAGGGGCUUGAAUGGUAAACAGAAAUUCACACCGAUGUAUAUUUUAAAUAAGUGUUAUAUCCAAAAUAAAAUUAUUUUCCCUAGUGAA